AUGAGGUUCCGUGUAAAGUCUGAUCGUGGGACAAAGGUAAUUAGUUUGAGUGAGGAAGAUGGGACGACUGUGGAGGCGUUAAUUAAGGAAGUCAUAUCUCAAGGACUUGUAGAUCAAGGGGUAGAACUCACGAUUAAAAGUGGAUUCCCACCCAAAGACAUUGUAUACAAGAGCAAGAAGGACAAAUUGAUCGAUAUAGGGGUUAGAUCUGGAGAUCAAUUGAUAUUUAGUCAAGUAGAACAAACUCCCAAGAGUAAACAAACAAUUAGAAGUGAUAUCCCAUCUGUUUAUAAUGAAGCAUUGGAUAUAUAUGCCAUAUUGAGAAAUGUUCCCGAUGACAAUUCAUGUAUGUUCAACUCAAUAGUAUAUGCCCUAUUUGGUGUACAAGAGCAUGCUGUAGAAGAAGUUCAUAAACUUCGACAAGUGGUUGCAACCACGAUUUCCGCCGAUAAAGGAAAUAAGUAUACAGAACUUGUUCUUGGACGUCCCAUAACAAAAUAUUGCCAAUGGAUCCUUAAUAUGGAUUCAUGGGGUGGUGCUAUAGAAUUAGGGAUCUUGGCAGAACAUUUCCAAAUUGCCAUACAUUGUCUAGAUGUAGAACUGGGCAAAAUUAUGAAGUUUCAAAGUGAACAACAUAAGCCACACAAUUUCAUUGUAUUGGUCUAUUCCGGGAUCCAUUAUGAUCUCGUUGUUCGUAACCAGAAGCUUUCAACAACCAAGUCAGACAAACAACUGGAUGUUUGUGUGUUUGAAAAUGGAUCAUUGGAGGGCGAUACAAUGUUGCAAGAUUGUGAGAAAUUGGGUCAAUUAUUACAAACUCAGAACUAUUCUACAAAUACUACAACGUUUAGACUUAGAUGUUUACAAUGUUAUGAAGUAUUGGUGGGUGAAAUGGGUGCUUCCAACCAUGCCAACAGUACUGGUCAUUUCAAAUUUGGGGAAACCACAUAA